UGCUUGCCUGCCAGUCUGUGUGCACAGCGGCUGUGAAGAGAUACUCGAACAUCAAAUAAGACCUCAACUUUAGUUUUGUUCAUCGAUGUUUUACUUUGCUAAACUUAUGGACGCUUACUUAGGCCUACUUUGUGCGCGGUAGACGCAACAGGUUAUUUUGGUAACUUCAUUGGCCGCGGUGACAGGCUGUGGAGAGGGCGGUGAAUGGAGAAGACUUGAGGCAGCUGUCGGUAGAUGGAGUCAGGUCGAGACGAGGCGAUGGAAGACGGACAUGGCUGCUUCUGUACACCGCAGGAAGAUACUCAUGUGAUGUAACAGAAAUUACACAUGUUGAUCCCUAACUCUUUCGAAUGAAAACUUUUGCAAAACUAAUACGAUGAGGGACCGGUUGGCGGACUUACGCGCGGGCAGAGCGCAGGAGGAGGAAGAGGUGACACUGGAGAGAGAUGGCUUCAUGGAGGAUUUCUUCCGGAAGGUGGAGGAGGUGAGGGCUCUGAUCGACAAGAUCGGCUCGCAGGUGGAGGAGGUGAAGAAGAAACACAGCUGCAUCCUGUCAGCUCCCAACGCAGACGAGAGGACAAAAGAUGAGCUGCAGCAACUGACUGUGGAAAUCAAGAAGAAUGCCAACAUGGUGCGGACCAAACUCAAAUCCAUGGAGCAGAGUCUGCCCCCAGAUGACACGGCCCACAGGGUAUCAGUGGACUCCCGCAUCCAGAAGACACAGCACACGGUUCUGUCUCGGAAGUUCGUGGAGGUCAUGACCCAAUACAACGAGACCCAAGUGGCCUUCAGAGAGAGGAGCAAAGGCAGAAUACAGAGACAGCUGGAGAUCACUGGGAGAGUGACCACCAAUGAGGAGUUGGAGGACAUGUUGGAGAGUGGAAACCCCUCCAUCUUCACCUCAGAUAUCAUCUCUGACUCCCAGAUCACGCGUCAGGCUCUGAAUGAGAUCGAGUCUCGGCACCAGGACAUCAUCCGGCUGGAGUCCAGCAUCAAGGAGCUGCACGACAUGUUCAUGGACAUGGCCAUGCUGGUGGAGAACCAGGGUGAGAUGAUCAACAACAUUGAGAAGAACGUGACCAGCGCCGUGGACUACGUGGCCAGUGCUAAGGAGGAGUGCAAGAAAGCCGUACGCUACCAGAAGAAAGCUCGGCGGAAAAAGCUCUAUCUGGUCAUUUGUGUAGCUGUCGUUAUCGUUCUUCUAGCCAUCAUCAUUGGAGCAUCGUUUGGAUCAUGAAGUAUUUUCAUGUGAAGACAAAGGAACAACUUUUCUUCAGAGCUGCAGUGUCUGCAUACAGUAGACUAGAGUACUGAGACUGUGCCGCGAGAGGGAACUGGACUGUUUUGUUUUCAUCACGUAUGUCUGUCACAUCUGUGAAAUGUUUUCGUCCCCUAAAAGACUGGAGAAGGGACUGGGUGCCGGGUGCCAUGCAGGACACGUCUCUGAACCACAGUGCUUUAUUGACUCUGACAAGCACAUGUACACGCAUUCACACACACAUAGUGAUAGACAUAGACAUAUUCACAUGCACACACCACACUCACACACACACACUUCUAGAUGUCAUACGCAUAUAUACACAUGAAAAGUAUCUUCUGUAUGUCAACUCCAUAUGACCCAGUUAUUCUGUGAAACUGCUCUGGACCCACACACACACACACACACACACACACACACA